GCAGCGCCCGUGCGCGCCUGAGCCCGAGCGGCGAACCCCCCGCCGCCGCGGGAGGAGGAGGAGAAGGAGGAGGAGGAGAUGAAGCGCUUCCAGCCUGGGGUCGCGCUUUUGCUCUCGCUGCUGUGGGAGUGUACAGAGGCCAAAAAGCAUUGCUGGUACUUUGAAGGAUUAUAUCCUACAUAUUAUAUAUGUCGCUCCUAUGAGGAUUGCUGUGGUUCAAGAUGCUGUGUAAGAGCUCUCUCUAUCCAGAGACUAUGGUAUUUUUGGUUCCUUUUGAUGAUGGGAGUUUUGUUCUGUUGCGGGGCUGGUUUCUUUAUCCGAAGACGGAUGUACCCUCCUCCAUUAGUAGAAGAACCUACUUUUAAUGUGUCUUACACCAGACAACCAGUCAACACUGCAUCAGGGUCACAACAACCCGGAGUGCCGUAUUACACAGAUCCAGGUGGACCUGUGAUGAAUCCCAUGGCUAUGGCUUUCCACGUCCAGCCCAAUUCCCCACAAGGAAACCCGGUUUAUCCACCCCCACCUUCCUACUGCAACACACCACCUCCCCCAUACGAGCAGGUGGUGAAAUCCUCCACGUGAGGACUUUGGCUCUCUAACCUGACUGUGAGAGAAGGUGCAAUUGCAAAAUGACCAAGAUGGAGGGCAUCUGCCCCUUUGAACACUUGCUAGUUCUCCAAGUCCUCUCUCCCUCCCUUCCCUGCACUUUUCCUCAUUAAAGUUAUUUGCAAAGGGGGUGAUUUUUAAAUUUUUUUUCUUUUGUUUUCAGUAGAAGUGGAUUUUUUCUUUGUCUUUAAAAUGAGAGAAGUUGUCUUUGUAAUGCUUUUAAUGGAAACCUAUAUUUAAAACCUGUAUGUCUUUCUCUUUAUUUAUUGUUCAUUUUAAUCAUGGUUUUAAUUGCAUUGUGGCACGUUACUGAUAGCAGUUCUUUCUGCAGCCCCAGAGUGAUGCACGCUCCUAAGACCCCACUGCAGAAAUGCCCUCAUCUAAGGGAAAUGACAGAGAAAGAGGGUAGAAGUGGGUAGGGCAAUGUUUUUAUCAGAAAUUGUGACGACCAUAUUUUUCUUUUAUGAUUUUUCUUGUACAGUUUGGUUCUGAUGUAUAACAGAAAGAUGCUGCAAUAGAAGUUGCUGUGACUAGAGUACCAGCAUUGGUUGAGCCAUGGCAGGGGCUCUGCCAAGUGCCCUAGAAAAGAGGGACUCGUUACUUUAAAUGAUGCAUCCAAACAGUGAAGGACUGGGACUUGAGUGUUUCUUGUCCAUCACCUGGACUCUGCCUGCGUGAUUGGCAUCCUUACUCACCUUGUUUUGCCAGCAGUGAGAUUGUAUGAAACAGAUAACCUAAAUGUUUGUGGUGAGAGGGAGCUGUCAUAACUUCAGAGCUACUUGUGCCUCCUGACAGAACGGGUAGAAACGCUGGAAUCCGUCAGUUUUCUUCCCUAAAUUGGAAAAUAUUUACAGUAAGAACGGAUGGGAGCAUAGUUACAGGUUUACUCCCUUUGAUGUUGAUGGGAGUUUAGUCCCAGAGACAUAGUAGCUUUCAUUAUAGUCUUACUGCUGCCACAAAAUGUACCAAGUGGAGCUGUCAUCCUCAGGUGACAUAUCUGUAAAUCUGCUCUCCUCUCUAGGUUCCGGCAAAUAAUAACUUUUUGGGACAGGUGCUUAAUAGCAUUAUUUGACCUGAUGCACAGAUGGUUUGACUUUCAGUGGCUCAGCUCUUCAUGUGUUUUGUUGUGAGUGCUCACACUCACAACAAACUCUGUUGUGACCUGAGUGACCACAGGUGAACAGCUUCAAGUAAACACAGAGCCCCUUUAGCUGUCAGAGCUCUUACACCCCUCUAUGUCUAGCAAAAAUGUGAAGCUGCUCUGAAACAUGACUAUGUACUAAUGGGACCUUCUCCCUUUGUGCAUAUUCAGAGUCGUGCCACUGAAGAGUGACCAAAAAAAAGAUGCCAUUGCCUCCUGCUGCUGAAGGACCUG